ACCGUGCAGUACCAGUGCGGGUACCAGCAAAACUGACACUGGUGCUGGUACUCCUACACAUAUUCUGUUAGUAUUAUUAACAACAAGAAGCAAUUACUUGAAAAGUUUGAAAGUAGCGGUAAAUUCCGGAAGUCAAUUCCGUAUUGCACCUGAGUUAAUUAGUUGUGCAAUGGAGUAGUGUGGACAAUGAGCGGUUGUUGAUAGUGUAGAUAGUGUGUCAUUCGGUCGGUAUACAAAAAUGUUGUAUAGGACCCGGGGAUUUUUCAUUCUCGUCUUCUUCCUAGGGGUUCAAGCCCAAGAUGACUCUCUCGCAGGAAGUUUCCUUUCCGGACUUUUAGAUACAAUCACUAGUACUGCAGAUUCAAAAGACUGUCCUGGUGUGUGUGUUCAUGCUUUAGCAACGAUUAUUUGUUAUGGCGUCUUACAUGAUGUGUCAUGCCCUUCACCAUCGAUGAAAUGUUGUAUAGAUUCUCCAAUGCCAAAUGCUACAACUAUAGAAUCAGUUACGAAGUCCGAAACAACAUCUCUUAUGACAACAAUCACUACAUCGACACCUACAACUCUACUACCAGCGACUACCUCUACUAUGAUAAGCGUAGAGAAAAAACAUAAUAUCACAGAUCUUAAUGAGCCAGGAUCAUGCAACAGUACUGAAUUCAAAGGAGUCUGUGUAGCGGAAAACAUUGCCAACUACUGCGAAGCGAUUCUGAACACAAAUGACCUCUGCACACCAGGGUUAAGAUGCUGCGUGUCAAGCGUCACAUUUGGUGAUAAGCUACCUUCCAAUUUAAUCUACCCAAACAAAACAAAAACGAACUAUACGAGAAUUGAAACGAGGACAACCCAUAGACCACACAGUUCCACGACUUACCCAGUGAAGAAAACAACCGUGUCGCAGCCAGUAACUUUAAAAGAGUGUAAUGGAGAAUGUGUCAGUGGGUUGUUUGCUCUGUUUUGUGAUGAUAUUGACUCUGAUGCAGACUGUGAAAAUGGAGCUAGUUGUUGCAUUACGGAACCUGUGUCAAACAACGAAUCUGAGCCUGAGAAGUCGGUAUCACCCCCUACAAUGAGACCACCUUUACCCCCUACAACUACCAGACCAGUAAUACGUGAUCCAGGACCGAUCUGCCCAGGAUUUUGUCUGCUCAAUAUAAUGGCAGCUUUUUGUGAGAGACCGUCAGUUUUAAUUCCUCAUACAUCAAACUGCAAAAGAGGGUCUGUGUGUUGCGAUAACACCAGAGCAAUGACUUCUGCUACUAAGCCCAAACCUAAACCUCACUAUUCAGUUCCAACCACAACAACCACUGUGGAUUCCAGACCAGAGUGUCCAGGUUCUUGUAUAGUCUCAUACUUGAGCUUCACUUGUUUCAGAAAUGCUGAAAUGACAGAAAUAUUCAAAUGUAAAAAGGCUGGAACGAAAUGCUGUGCACCGAAAUCGCUCAUUAAAGAUGCUUUAGGCCAGAAGGAUGAUGUGCCUUUCGAGGAAAGUACUAUACAAUCUUUAAGCAUGUCUUACACAACAAUAUCAUCGGCAAAUCCUACUCAUUUUGCUACAACUGAAAUGACCAGAAUGCAAUCUACAACCUCCAAAUCUCCAGUAUACAGCAAAUAUGUUUGCGGCGUAAAAGGUACUGCUCGUGUUGGAAGAGUAGUAGGUGGUGAAGACGGAGAACAAGGCGAAUGGUGUUGGCAAGUAGCGUUGAUAAAUUCCUUGAAUCAGUACUUAUGCGGAGCUGCAUUGAUUGGAACUCAGUGGGUAUUAACAGCCGCCCAUUGUGUCACAAACAUUGUUCGGUCAGGUGAUGCAAUAUAUGUUCGAGUGGGCGAUCAUGAUCUAACUAGAAAGUAUGGUAAUUCUGAGGCGCAAACCCUGCGAGUGGCAACAACAUACAUUCACCACAAUCAUAAUAGCCAAACUUUGGACAACGAUAUAGCCCUUUUGAAGCUUCAUGGACAAGCAGAGUUAAAAGAAGGCGUAUGUUUGGUAUGCUUACCAGCUAGAGGAGUAAGCCAUGCUGCUGGAAAGAGAUGCACAGUUACGGGAUAUGGCUAUAUGGGAGAAGCUGGUCCAAUUCCACUGAAAGUGAGAGAAGCAGAAAUUCCGAUCGUGAGCGAUGCAGAAUGCAUAAGGAAGAUAAAUGCCGUAACAGAGAAAAUUUUUAUUCUCCCGGCAAGUAGUUUUUGCGCGGGAGGCGAAGAAGGAAAUGACGCGUGUCAAGGUGAUGGUGGGGGGCCGUUAGUAUGUCAAGACGACGGGUUCUAUGAAUUAGCAGGACUCGUUUCAUGGGGAUUUGGUUGUGGAAGACUCGAUGUUCCAGGUGUAUAUGUUAAAGUUUCUUCAUUUAUUGGUUGGGUUAAUCAAAUCAUUAGUGUUAAUAAUUUAUAAUUCUUAUUAAUAGAAACUGAACCAAAAAUAUUCGUCGAGAUAUAUUUUGUUUUAGAUAUAUUUCACUCGAACAGUUUGACUGACAGUGUCCCUUGAACAUUGUUUUCUUCGUAAUUUUGAACUAAUUGUGUAAUUGAUACGAUCUAGUUUAAAAAACGGAGUGAUGUUUGUAUAUGUCACGAUGCAUACGAUAUUAAACAUACACUAAACACCAAAAUUAACGCACCACCUUAAAAACGGAACAUAUUUACUGUCUCGAAUUUCCUAAACCUGUUGUCCGAUUUGAGUGAGUUUUUAGUGUUUUCUCCUCAAAGUUCGGAACACCCUGUGAAAUAUUUUAGCGUAUAUAAAAUAUUGAAAUUAAAACUCAACUGUAGCCUUAGGCUUUCUUAACAUUCUGCUUUCUGAUUCAUUCACUUAUGUUGGAUAAUAAAAAAGUUAGGUACUUUAACAACUAGCAACGUUCUUCUUCAAUACAGGGUGUUUCUAAAUAAGUGCGACAAACUUUAAGGGGUCAUUCUGCAUGAAAAAUAAUGACCGUUUGCUUUAUAAACAUAUGUCCGCAAAUGCUUCGUUUCCGAGAUAUGAGCUGUUUAUUUUCUUACAAAUUGACAAUUUAUUUAUUGCUCUAAAACCGGUUGAGAUAUGCAAAUGAAAUUUGGUAGGUUUUCAGAGAUAGUUAUUGCGCAUUUAUUGACAUGCAAUUAAGAAUUUUUUAUUCACCAUUGGCGUGCAUACGGGUAAUAUGACUCGUAUGUACGCCAAUGGCGAAUAUAAAAUUCUUAAUUGUAUGUCAAAAAAUGCGCAAUAACUACUUCCUAUAAUCUACUAAAUUUCAUUUGCAUCUCUCAACUGGUUUUAGCGCAAUAAAUAAAUCGUCAGUUUGUAAGAAAAACUUCUACAUCCCAUAUCUCGGAAACACCCUGUGAAAUAUUUUAGCGUAUAUAAAAUAUUGAAAUUAAAACUCAACUGUAGCCUUAGGCUUUCUUAACAUUCUGCUUUUUGAUUCAUUCACUUAUGUUGGAUAAUAAAAAAGUUAGGUACUUUAACAACUAGCAACGUUCUUCUUCAAUACAGGGUGUUUCUAAAUAAGUGCGACAAACUUUAAGGGGUCAUUCUGCAUGAAAAAUAAUGACCGUUUGCUUUAUAAACAUAUGUCCGCAAAUGCUUCGUUUCCGAGAUAUGAGCUGUUUAUUUUCUUACAAAUUGACAAUUUAUUUAUUGCUCUAAAACCGGUUGAGAUAUGCAAAUGAAAUUUGGUAGGUUUUCAGAGAUAGUUAUUGCGCAUUUAUUGACAUGCAAUUAAUAACGAAUAUAAAAUUCUUAAUUGUAUGUCAAAAAAUGCGCAAUAACUACUUCCUAUACCUAACCUACUAAAUUUCAUUUGCAUCUCUUAACUGGGUUUAGAGCAAUAAAUAAAUCAUCAGUUUGUAAAAAAAAUUCUACAUCCCAUAUCUCGGAAACGAAGCAUUUUUGGACAUAUGUUUAUAAAGCAAACGUUCAUUAUUUUUUCAUGCAGAAUUACCAUUUAAAGUUUGUCGCACUUAUUUAGAAACACCCUGUAUUGAUGAAGAACCUUGCUAGUUGUUAAAGUAACUAACUUUUUUAUUAUCCAACGCAAGAGAAUAAAUCAAAACGCAAAAUGUUAAGAAAGGCGAAGGCUACAGUUGAGUUUUAAUUUCAAGAUUUUAUAUACGCUAGAAUAUUCCACAGGUGGUUCCGAACUUUAAGGAAAAACCACAAUAUCAUUGUUACACCCAGUAUACAAUGAUACUUACCGGUUUAGUAACAAUAUUAUUACAUCGAUAUUCUUGAAGAACAAAGCUAUAACAUACUAAAAAAAUCACUCAAGUCGGACAAGUUUAGGAAAUUCGAGACAUCAAAAAUUUCCCAUUUUUAAGGUAGUGCGUUAAUUUUGCUGCUCAGUGUAUAUCGAAACGAGUGGAAUAAUACUUGUAAAUAGUAACUAUAAAAUUUAAAAUUAAUUUUAGAAAUUGUUACCAAAUAAGUAUUGUUAUAAUAAAUUUUUGUAUGGCAAUAAUAUAUUAAUUUCUUAAUGA